GUCAGUGCAACAACAUCACCGUAUGAAUGACAGCGCACUUGACCGACGCAGGGAAAGACUUCGUCCGCUCGAGCUGGAUUUACAUCACCUCACCUCCCCUCACCUCUCUUCUCUUGACGGAUCGAUCCGCAGCCUGCAGCCGCCGGAACCUCACAGGUCCCCGUGAUGUUACAGCCUCCAUCGUCGCUGUGAUAAAACCAUGAGGAGAUGACCGCCUUGUAGAGCUGACAGCAGAGGAGCUGACGGUAAAUGAGAGGCAGUCACCAUGCCCCCGGGGAAGUAUGGGAUGCAGGAGGAAUGGGCGAAGGAGGGUGUCCGGGAGAUCAUGAUGGACUUCCUGCUGCCUACUGGGAUCUUCCUCAAAUUCCCUGUGUCUCCAAAUGACACCAUCAAAAAUAUCAAAAAAAUGGUUUGGAAAAAUGCCAGAAGCGAGGCUCUUUUCAGUGCACUGGGUGAUCCCGACGCAUACGUCUUCACCUGCAUCAACCAGACAGCAGAGAGGGAGGAACUGGAGGAAGAAUCGAGGCGUAUAAGCGACGUGCGGCCUUUCAUGUGUGUUCUGAGGCUGGUGGCGAGGGAAGGCGACCGAGUGGAAAAACUCACCAACACCCAAAUCAGCCUGCUGAUUGGCAAAGGUCUGCAUGAGUUUGAGGCCCAGAAGAACCACGAGGUGAAUGAGUUUCGGACUAAGAUGCGCACGUUUUGCGAAGAGAAGGCUCAGGAGCGGCAGCUGUUGCCAUGGCAGCAGUGGAUGGAGUACAGCUUCCCAUGUGACCUGGAGCCAUGCUGCUCCCCGUGUGGGAGCGCAAAGUCAAAAAACACCAAGAAGAUUUUCAUUAACGUCAAGUUUGAGGCUUGUGAUGAAAGCUUCAUGCUGCAGCAGGAUCCUCAGGACCACCCAGGGGCUCUGAUGAGGAGCGCCCUGAAGAAGAAGGCCACCGUCUUUCGCUCAUUGCGACAGGAGCCGGAGGACUACACCUUACAGGUCAAUGGGAGUUGGGAGUUCAUCUAUGGGAAUCAUCCCUUGUGCCAGUUCAAAUACAUUUUCUCAUGUUUGAGGAAUGGCCAAAACCCUCAUCUGACCAUGGUGCACCACUCCACCGUCAGCAAGUAUCAGGAGGACCAGGGCAGAAUGUGUAGCCAGGUGUACAAGAGUCGCUCCUUGUCCAGACCUCCUCCACUGCCCCUGAAGAAGCAGAACACCUCUUCUCUGUGGUCCAUCAAUGAGCCUUUCUACAUUCACCUGCUGCAGGGCAACCGUGUCAAUGCAGACGAAGGAAUGAAGCUCGUGGUGCAGGCUGGUCUGUUCCAUGGCAGCGAACUGCUCUGUAAGGUGGUGACAAGCUCCGAGGUGACAGUGUGCUCUGAGCCGCUGUGGGAUCAAAGGCUGGAGUUUGACAUAAACGUGGCCGACCUGCCUCGCAUGAGCCGCCUGUGCUUUGCUCUCUAUGCUGUCAUUGAGAAAACCAAGAAACCCCGUGGCACCAAAAAGAAGAAUAAGAAAGCGGAUUGUCCCAUAGCCUGGGUGAACACCAUGGUGUUCGACUACAAGGACCAGCUAAAGACCGGGGAGUUCCUCUUGUCCACAUGGCCAUCUGUUCCUGAUGACAAAAGUGACCUGUUGAACCCGAUGGGAACAGUCGAGAAGAACCCCAAUGUGGACAGUGCUGCGGGGCUUCUGAUCCGUUUCCCCAACAUCCGACCACAUCCUCUUUAUUAUCCUCCGCUUGACAAGAUCAGCGACACAGAGAAGAAUGGCGAUGCAUCUAUCAGUUUCUUUAGUGGCACUAAAGAAGAGUACUUGAAACUAAAAGAAAUCAUGGACAACAAAAACUACACUGAGUUUUUUGAGGAUGAGAAGGAACUCCUAUGGAAGCUCCGCACCGAUGUCCGCGACCAUUAUCCUGAAAGUCUGUCCAAGCUGCUCCUCAUCACCAAGUGGAAUAAGCGAGAGGACGUAGUUCAGAUGGUGAGUCUACUGAAGAACUGGCCGGACCUCCCUGCCAUCCAUGCCUUGGAGCUGUUAGACUACAGUUUUCCCGACCCGACUGUCCGUUCUUUCACUAUCAGAUGCCUCAGGAAGCUCAGUGAUGAUGAACUGCUACAGUAUUUAAUCCAGCUGGUCCAGGUCCUAAAGUACGAGUCCUACCUAGACUGUGACCUCACCACUUUCCUGCUAGAGAGGGCCCUGUCCAACAGGAGGAUAGGACACUUUCUGUUUUGGCAUCUCAGGUCAGAGAUUCACGUGGCGUCUGUGAGUUUGCGUUUUGGCCUGAUUCUGGAAGCAUACUGCAGGGGAAACAUCCACCACAUCAAGCUCUUAUCCAAACAGAACGAGGCUCUGGGCAAAAUGAAGGCCCUGAGUGACUUUGUUAAGUCGGGCUCCCAGAGGAUGACAGCAGAGGACCUGAAAAUAUGUAUCAAACAGGACUCGUAUGUGGAGGCCCUGUCAGACCUGAUGUCACCACUCAACCCCAGCAUCAUCCUCUCUGAGAUCUGUGCAGAUAAGUGCAGAUUUAUGGACUCCAAGAUGAAGCCGCUCUGGCUGAUGUAUAAGAACCACUGGACUCAAGGAGACAUGGUGGGCAUCAUCUUCAAGAAUGGAGAUGAUCUUCGACAAGACAUGCUGACCCUGCAGAUGAUCCAGCUCAUGGAGACCUUAUGGAAGAAAGAAGGCCUUGAUCUCAGGAUGAUCCCAUAUGGCUGCCUGUCCACUGGGAACAAGAUGGGGCUCAUCGAGGUAGUGAAGAACUCUGACACCAUCGCCAACAUCCAGCGCAACAACAGUAACAGUGCUGCCACUGCUGCCUUCAACAAGGACGCUCUGCUCAACUGGCUCAAAUCUAAGAAUCCUGAGGAAAAACUUGAUCAAGCAAUAGAAGAGUUCACGCUGUCCUGUGCUGGCUACUGUGUAGCUACUUACGUCUUGGGCAUUGGAGAUCGUCACAAUGACAAUAUCAUGAUCAGGGAAACUGGACAGCUGUUCCACAUUGACUUUGGGCAUUUCCUGGGCAACUUCAAGCGGAAACUAGGGAUCAACAGGGAGCGUGUGCCUUUCAUCUUGACUUAUGACUUUGUCCAUGUGAUCCAGCAAGGAAGGACAAACAACAGUGAGAAGUUUGAGAGGUUCAGGGAGUACUGUGAGCGGGCCUAUAAGAUCCUGUGUCGGAACGGGAUGCUGUUCGUCAACCUCUUUGCCAUGAUGAAGGCAGCAGGACUGCCAGAGCUCACCUCCUUCAAAGACAUCCAGUACCUAAAGGAUUCUCUGGCUUUGGGCAAAUCAGAGGAGGAGGCGCUGAAGAAUUUCAAAGUCAAGUUUAACGAAGCCCUGCGAGAGAGCUGGAAGACCAAGGUCAACUGGAUGAUGCACUCCUUGGCCAAAGAUAACAGACCCUGAAGAACGCUGAACACCUGAGGACCAGCCAGAAAAUGAUGGAUUUUAACUUAUGGAGAUAAAAGGGAAGAAAAUACAAUAAACUGUUUUUACUUUAUUUGACGGCAUUCAAAGACACUCAGCAAAUGUUUACAUACGACUGGCUUGUCUGUGGAAAAGUACGACUAAGUGGAGGCAUCCAAAGACAAUGAGCGUCAUUUCAGCACACAGAUAUUUUCACAAUGAGAGAAAUCCAUCACAGUCAUCUUUACCCCGUCAAACAAUGGGAUGCCUUUGCCUUGGAGACAUAUCAAGACAGACAAUACACAUGUGUUUUUGAUUUGUUGAAAUCGCUACUUGAAAACCUGCUCAUGCGAAGGUGUGAAUCACUGACUGAAAGAUCAUCUCACCGACUGCAUUACUCAGCAGGGAGCAAACGGCAGACAGUGAUGAUGAUUUAUGAUGACUUUAGAUGAUAUCUUCCAGUCACAGUAAAAUAACAGGGUGGCAGUUUCACCUCAAGUCUUUCAAUACAGUUUAAUGGCUGUAUCGUUUCCUCUCAUUUCAACUGCCUCUUUGCAAUUGUGUCUUAUUUUUUUUAUGUUAUUGUAUUUUAUUUAAUGUGGUAACUGAAGUACUUGUACAAAGCCAUGAAGGAUAUUUUAAAAAAAAAUAUGUUAAAUAUGUGUUUUACUGCUGUAUCACUUACUGAUGUGUAAUAUUGCCUUGAAGUACAGUAUGUUGCCUUUGGCGUGCCACUAGACAGGAAAUGUUGUAACAUUUACAGUUUAUUGUAAAAUGAGAAAAUAACUUUGAAUGGGAUCUUUAUUUUGAAACGUCCCAGUGUACCAGACUGUGAUACCCAGCAGACCCUCACUAAACAGCAACUACACAUUUAAGGAAUAGUUUGACAUGUUGGUUAAUAUUCUGGUUUGCUUUCUUGCCGAGAGUUAGAUGAGAGGUUCAAUACCACUCUCAUGUCUGUCUGUUAUAUGUGAAGCUGGAGCCAGAUAGAAACAGAUGGAAACAACUAGAUUCUGUCCGAAGGCAACAGAAUCUGCCCAGCAGCGCUUCUAAAAAUGACACAUUGUUCAUUUGUAAGCUUUAGUGGUGCUGCCAGGCAGAUUUGGUUUUACCUUUGUGCAGAGCCAGGCUAGCUGUUACCCCCUGUUUUCAGUAUUUAUGCUAAGCUAAGCUUACUGUCUCCUGGCCCCAGCUUC